GCUACAAAUGCUUUGAAGCGUUUUUCUAAUUGGUCAGUUUGUAAAAUUCUUUCCUCUAAUUGGUCCAUCAAACGCUUCAAAGUUUUUGUAGCGAGACUUUAACCACAGCCGAAAUUACAUUUGCGCACAGUGAUUGAUCAAUUGAUGCAUUAAAAAACUCGCCCGAUUUAGAUAGAACUGAAUGAGCAUGUCGUCGGACGAGGAGAAUGACGAACUGCAAGACUUGGAGGCGAUACGCGACAAGGUUCUUAGCAGCCCACAUAGCAAGCGUAUGCAAGUGAGCGCUUGGGAGGACGACGAUGAUGGUGUAGAUGCAGAACGUAAUGCGAGAGAACCUGACGCAAAGGCCAUGUUGAACGCUGCCGAAGAGGGAAACCUGGAAAAUAUUAAGAAUUUAUUGAACAAAAACCGCCACUUACUCAAUUGUACUGAUAAGGACGGCUAUACUCCACUUCACAGGGCAUGCUAUGGCAACAAUGUGGAAGUGGUGGAAUAUCUACUUGAAGCAGGAGCUAGAAUAGACGCUAAAACUCAAGAUGAAUGGCAACCUCUACAUUCCGCAUGCUGUUGGAACAACACAGAAUGUGCCGAAGCCUUAAUUGCAAACGGAGCAGAUGUUAAUGCAACAAGCAAAGGAGAUCAAACACCUUUACAUUUGGUUUCCGCUAGUUCAUACAACUCCCCUGCUCUCCAGCUUCUUCUCUUGCAUCCUGACACAAAUCCCUACCUGAUUAACUCAAGUGGAGACACGGCAGAUCAGAUCGCGAGAAGGACGACCAAAAACUAUCCCAUGUUCGAAACAAUUGAACCCUGCCUAAAUGAGAUUUAAGUACAUGUCAUGAUGAUUAUGACUGUGGAUAAAAAAAGAUGAGCGCGAUUAACCGAAAUGAACAUAUUAAUUUGUAAGUAAUGACAGAAUGACAAAACUGAAAACUACAUCAAUAAAUCAUAUUAAGAAAAUACAUGAAAAAGCUACACGUUAGGAUAAACAUUGCGAGUGUAAUAUAAAACAUAAAGUCAUGUUUAUACUUCCAAUCAAAAUCUUUUUCUCGAUAUAUAAGUUGUCUUCUCAGUUCGUCCAUU